UGGGAGCGGACAGAAGUGCACCAUGCGCGAGGCUGUCGGUGCUGCGAUCAUGUUUCUGCGCUCUUUCUCCUUCUGCCUCUGUUUACUGCCGGCGGAGCUGCUCGCAAGCCUGGCUCCAGAGUGUUAUCCCGGAGGGUACCGGACGUUACGGAACCCGUACCGUAGCGUGGACUUUGACUCCACAGAGCUUCAGAACACGGCAAUCCAGGAUCUGAUCUGCGACCACUCGCUGGAGCCGGGAUGGUACCGCUUCAGCAUCAACAACAAACCUGCAGAGAUGCCCACCAGCUGUGUGGAGAUGAACCGGUGUGGUACUCAGGCUCCGGUGUGGCUCUCUCUGAAGGACGUGUCUCUGCCCCGGCCCGGUGAGGCAAGGCAGCUCUCAGCCUGCGCCACCUGGCAGUUCUUCCACGGCAGCGCUAAAGACUGCUGCCUGUUCCGCAUCCCCAUCACCGUCCGCAACUGCGGCCACUUCCUCGUCUACUAUCUGCAGCCCACGCAGGGGUGCAUGGGGUACUGCGCCAAAGUGGCGUCGGAGUUCACCCCUAAAGCCUGUCUACCCGGCGAAGUGGAGGUUGGUGGAGUCUGUAAAGCCAUCGUCCCCCCGCUGUCCUCCAGGCCGGUGGUGACCGCCGAGCUGGUGGGCAGCAGCGUUCACCUGCGGUGUUCGUACGGCGGAGUUCAGAGCAGCUGGCCGGUGGGAUACGAGGUGAUCUGGGGGCGCGUUUCCUCCAACAAAAUGAAGGUGGAGGUGAGGAGGGACAGGACCACCCAGCUCUACUCCCGCGUGGAGAUGGACGGACUUCACUUCAGACUCGGAGAAACGUUCUCCUGCAGCGUCUCCACGUACCUGCUGAACUCCUCCAGCGUCCAGUCAUCGUCCAGAGAGAGCGCGGGAUUUUUCGCCGGGAUUAAGUUUGUUCCAGAUGUUCUACAGAUCCGUGAGGACGGUAAAGAACACAUGCUAAGUGUGCACAGCACUGUACCAAUCUUCUGUUACGGGUCAGAACCAAACCGCCCCUGCAGGCUGACCUUACAGCUUGGCAUCCACGAUCCAGACAGUUUAGUAGCUGCAGCUCCAAACGUGGCUCUGUCGUCCUGCCAGCUGGAGCUGGUUUCUCAGCAAUGUCUCGAUGGUGCUUGUGCACAUGGUUCCGUUACAGUCACCGCGGUUACAGAUUUCUCUCGGGACGGGAACCGGCCGAGCCUCCUGACCGCCCGGCCCGCUGGAGUCGGCCCGCGGCUCUGGAGAGGAUACACACCCACAGCCAUGCAGAUCUCCGUGCAGGACGUCCCCACCAGCAGCUGUUACUCCCUCACUGAUCCUCAUGUCCUCACCUUUGAUGGCAGACGCUUUGAGAACCAGCAGACGGGGACGUUUGUGCUGUAUAAGGCGAUCGGGCGAGUGUUCGAGGUUCACUCGCGGCAGUGGGACUGCGGCAGUCGGCACUAUCCCGUAUCCUGCACCUGCGGCCUGGCGGUACGAGAGGACAACGAGGUUGUGACCUUUGACAUGUGCAAUGGCCAGCUGCAGGAGACACGUCCCCAGCUGUCCAUCAAAAGCCUAGGACCUGCCUCAAGCAAUCACGUCAAGAUUCAUGAAACUCAUCAGGGCAAAAAACUGACGAUCCUGUUUCCCUCGGGGGCUUUUGUGCGGGCGGAUGUUGCAGACUGGGGAAUGAGCGUUACGGUCAGAGCGCCGAGCAGGGACUUUAACAGGACCCGCGGCCUCUGCGGCACCUUCGACAGGAACACUCACAACGACCUGCACAGCCCGGAGGGCAACACCUACCAGAACCACGAGCUGGAGCACUUCAUACAGGACUGGAGGCUGGAGUCUGGGGAGAGCCUGUUUGACAGGACGCCACCUGCUGAGGCCGAGCAGAUAACCAGGAGUUUCUGCGCCUGUCAGAGCGGAUACGAAGCUCGGAACGUCCAGGAAACGGCUGCUCCUCGCUGCCUCUCUCAGGACCACGUGGACCAAACCUCGCUGUUCCCCUCCAGAGAUGCCACAGCCGAGUUUAUGCUCCUCCGGCCGGCUGUCCGGAGCGAUCUCGCUGAGGAGGAGCUGCGGAUGGACUCGCUGUUUUACCCUGAGACCCCCCAGUUCAACAGAGAGGCCAUUCCUGACCCUGCCUCAGGUCACAGAUAUAAAAGGCAGGACCGCCUUCAGGGCAUCCAGAGUCUUGGUCACAUCGAUCUGGAGAAUCUGGCGUAUUUCUUUCCGGAUGACCACCUGUCCUCAGACCGCCCAGCCGCCCGCCCCUCCUGGCCCACCCCCGGCGGCCUCACCUCCUCCAAAGCUCUGGAGCUGUGUCAGCUGGCCCUGGUGAACUCCACGGUGGGCCUGGCCUGUGGGCGGGCGCUUGGCCGGCGGCUGGAGGAGGCUGUGGACCUCUGCGUGCUGGACCUCCAGCUAAAGGAUGACCUGGCCUGGGAGGACGCUCUGCUGCCCUUCCUGGAGAACGAGUGCGAGAGACGCUGGCUGGAGAACAGAGCCUCCGUGUCCGACCCGGCGGUGGACGUGGUGAUGGCCCUGCGGUGUCCCAACCUGUGUCAUGGAAAGGGGAAGUGUAUGGAGUGGGGGUGCCAGUGCGAUUCGGGAUACAGCCACUAUGACUGCAGCCUCACCAUCAGCCAGCCGGUGGAGCUGACUGACCUGGAGAACGGCGGAGUGUGUGAUGUCCACGCGCUGGACUGCGACAGCGUAAGGGUGUUUGGACUCGGCUUCAUCGACUCGCCGAAGCUCACCUGCUUCGUCUCCAAACUCGCGCGUGUGAAUGAGGAGUGGAUUAGCGGAGAGGAGCAGCGCACCAAAGCCACCUUCCUGAGCUCCAAGGCCGUCGACUGCGCCAUCCCACAACUCGGCAACGUGGCCGUCGAAUCCCUGGACUUCCUGGCUCACGAGCAGCCUUACGCUAGAUGGGAGAUCACGGUGUCUAAUGAUGGUGCUGUGGUCAGUAAUGUGAAGGUGUUGACGCUGUAUGAUGGUGUUUGUCAGCAGUGUGUAGCAUCUCCAUCUGGACUCUGUCAAUUAAAGGACAGGACGUGUAACAUAGAGGGGAUGUGUUUUUGGGACGGAGACGUUAGCCCGUCCAGCCCGUGUCUCCUGUGUAACUCCUCAGCAUCCAGAUACACCUGGACUGUUAAUCAAGCGAACCAUCCUCCCUCCUUCCUCCCCCCGAGGGAUGACCUGCAGACGUUUCUCGGGGAGAAGUUUGUGUUCCAGCUGACGGCGGCGGACCCCGAGGGCUCGGCCCUGCUGUUUCAGCUCCAGGCCGGACCCCCAGGGGCCUCGCUCAGCCCGGCGGGCUUACUGACCUGGACCGUCGACUCAGAGACCACCCACACCUUCAUCUUCACCAUCACGGACGAGUGUGACGCUCAGAGCAUGCACACUGUACAGGUGGGUGUGAGACCCUGCGGGUGUGUGAACGGCGGUACGUGUGUGACCAACGUGGACCGUCCGGCGGGAAGCGGCGAGUACCUGUGUGUGUGCCCUCCUGGUUUCCGUGGUGACGUGUGCCAGGAGGAGACGGACUUCUGCAGGUCGAACCCGUGUGGAGCCGGAAUCUGUGUGAACACGGAUAAAGGGUUCCAGUGCCGAUGUCCCUCUGGACUGAGAGGGCUGAUGUGUCAGGAGGACGUGGAUGAGUGCGAGAGAGGGGCGUGUUUCUCCAGCGUCCAGUGCAUAAACACAUUCGGCUCGUUCACCUGCGGCAGCUGCCCACCUGGUACACACGGGGACGGCAUCACCUGCGCAGCUGACGCUGACCAGGUCACUCCCUCUCCUCCCUCAGUGAGAGUGGUCAGCAGCACGGUUGGUCCAGCCCUGCCCGGUCCAGCUCUCUUCUCUCCUUCUCAAGCCGAACACACUGACCCUGAACUGACCCGGCCAGCGUCCAGCAGCGCACAGAAAACUGGCGUGUCUGACCUGAGGAACGUGACGUCCAGGUGUGCGAGCAGGCCGUGUUUUCUGGGAGUCCAGUGCAUCGACCUGCGCCCGCCGUACGUCGGCUUCGUCUGCGGACGCUGUCCUCCGGGUUACCACGGCAACGGACGCACCUGCACUAAACGGCCAAACCACACAGUUCCUCCUCCGAGCCACAGCAGCGCCGGCCGCCUCAGAGACCCUGCCAGAUCUCCCCACCUUCACCUGCAGGUUCACCAGCGUCCACCUGCCCCUGCCAGGACAGCAGCCAAUCAGGUUCAGGAGACCAGGCCCCUCCCCCUGACCCCUGCACCAAUCACAGCGCAGAGAGACGCAGCGACUCUUCGAUUACGACACGCGCCGGUCAGCAGGAGCCCCCCCUCCCCCUCCGGCACGUCCGUCAGGGUCCUCACGGGCGGAUUUGUCGGCGUUACGCCCAAACUGACCCCAAAGGUGACCCUGCCUCUAGAGCAGUUGCCACGGCGACCUAGCCCGGUCACCAUCACCCGCUCGAGGCCGCUGACCGCUGCGCUGACCGCCGUGACCUUUGCCCUCUCAGAGUCUGAGUUUUCUGCAGAUGGAGAUUUGGGGGUCCGUCUGGAGGCGGUCAGGGACCCCCAGCUGCUGAUCCAGGCAGCCUUCCCCACUGUGGGCAGGCAGACUCGCCCCGCGGAUCUGGGCGUCCGCUCCAGUGUCCAGCACAUCCGGAGCCUCGUACCUGCACAGUUGAAGGACAGGAAGGUCACCUGUGGUGAUGUCACCUGCUUCCCAGGCGUGCAGUGUGUGGGGGAGGGGUCUCUCAGGUGCGGCCGCUGUCCACUGGGAUACAUUGGAGACGGGAGAUCAUGCAGAGCUGUAUGCAGGCACCCAUGCGCCAGGAACAUGGAGUGUGCAGCGCCGAACACCUGCCGCUGUAAACAAGGAUACACCGGCCUGGACUGCCAAACAGCCAUCUGCAGCCCAGCGUGCCAGAGCGGAGGGGAGUGUGUCGCUCCUGGAGUGUGUGAGUGCAGAGAGGGAUAUCACGGAGAAGCAUGUGAGAGAGCUCUGUGCAGUUCUCCGUGUCUAUAUGGUGGUUCCUGUGUGGGUCGGGACACCUGCUCCUGUCCCUACGGCUUCGUCGGACCCAGAUGUGAAACCAUGGUUUGUAACCGUCAUUGUCAGAAUGGUGGCAAGUGUGUGUCACCUGACGAAUGCGAGUGUCAGCCGGGCUGGACAGGACCGUCAUGUGAGACUGCGCUGUGUGAUCCCGUAUGUCUGAACGGAGGCGUGUGUAUCCGGCCGAAUUCCUGCUCCUGCCAGCAUGGAUUCUAUGGAGCGCGAUGUCACAACGCUGUCUGCAGUCCGCCCUGUAAGAACGGUGGUGUGUGUGUGCGUAAUGGUGUGUGUUCAUGUCCAGUGGGUUACUCCGGCACACACUGCGAGAAAAGUGUGUGUGAGCCGAUGUGCAUGAACGGCGGCAGGUGUGUGGGCCCAGGUGUGUGUGACUGUGUGUCGGGUUGGAGAGGGAGGCGGUGUGAUAAACCAACGUGCCUUCAGAAGUGCCUGAAUGGAGGAGAGUGUGUGGGACCGAACACCUGCCACUGUUCUCCAGGGUGGCAGGGAACGCUGUGCCAAACACCGAUCUGUGAGCAGAAGUGCGUGUUUGGGAGUCGGUGCAUUAGGCCCAACGUGUGCGCCUGCAGGACGGGAUACACGGGCUUACUGUGCGAUAGGAAGCUUCCUAUUCGUCAAGGCUGAUGGAGGGGGCGGAGCCUGUAGUGAAGACACUGGCCACAGCUUGUUGCUUUGCGACCGGACUUAGAUAGCAGCAUCUCACCUGUAAAUAAUGUUAAUUUAUGCGUAAGGGUAAACGGUUUUGUAUUUUUUUUACAUAUUUUUUAAAGUUUACGUUUACACAGCAAGACUAAGAAGAACAUAAAUGUUUUCUAAUUCUGUAUAAAAGCAGCCAGACAUCUGAGAACACCCAGUAACAUCCCAAACGUUUCAAUAUUUAUGCAUAAGUAGGAUUAAUAUGUAAAGAGAUCCAGUGGGUUUGGUGUGAGACGGUUCAGACGUCUUUACAGUGGUGGUGAUGGGCACCAGGCGUCGCCAUGACUACAACACAAAUAUAGACACUUUAUUUACCAUCCAG